CUUGUAGAGACGCUGAACACCAGCUACGGUGCGCAGCGCUGCGAGUAGAGGCCGGUCUCCUGCGGUCGGCAGCAUGAUUUAUGGAGUUUAAAUCUUAGGAACGCAAAUCUCCUAAAGCAGCCCCGAGUAUGUCCUGGACUAGGCUCUCCAAACCCUAGGGUACGAGACCGAUAGAGACAGAAGGCUGGGGAAGCAGUGGCGCUGAGAUGCCCUUCGCUUAAAGGCUUCUCUCCCUUGGUCGUCACCCUCCUUACCCACUUUGAUUCCAUGCACCCACCAGGAUUUUCCUCGGGGAGAGGAGUCGCUGUAGUUUUCGGGAAACAGUAGGAGCAAUUUUUCGUUACAGUUAUAAAUAAAACACAUUCUUGAAAUCCAUUACUUAUUUUCGUCCCGGGUCGGCUCCCGACCCCUAAACCCCUCCCGCGUCUUGCUGCUAGUUCCAGAACCUUCCGUCCCUUCAGGUGGGCGCCAGCCGACAGCUCUCUUAGAGCUGGUGCUCUUUUGCCCUUCCACCGAGCCCCCCCCCCCAAAAGAGCCCCACUAGGAGUUGUCCUGCUGGACCCUCCAAACCCUUUCCUGCCCUUGUGCAGCUCCGGAGCGCACGGGAUAGGGGUGAUGGUGGGGGGCAGGGAAGAGGGAGGGCGGCGCGGCUCCACGACGGGAGCUCUUCUCUUGAGCCCGAAGUCCCCAGUACAUUUGGGGAUCCCUCAACCAAAUUCCCUGCCAGGCGGCUCGGGGAACUGAGGGAUUGAGGAGGGGGUGAAGGGAGAGAGAGAGACACGGAAGGGGCGCGAUUAGGUGUUAAGAGCGCUUAAAGCGCAGCGUCUCCAGCAACACGGCCAGCGCCGCAGCCUGAGUCUGCCAGCGCUCCACUAGCUGACCCCCCAGAAACUCACCCAGGAGCAGCGUAGUUCGCAGUAACUGCUGGAAGACACCAUCCUCUCCCCCGCCACCCCCCACCCCCUGGGUCAGCGGCGCUUUUUGCCCUUGAGCUAUGAAGAAAAGGUCUAAGGUGAAGGAGGAACGACACUUAAGGAGUUCCCGUUUUUUCAGCUCUCAAAACUUUCUCCGAGGGCCAGAACAGUGCCCCCGUUUCCGAAACCAUGUGGUGGGGGGAAGCCAAGUCCCUGUCUUUCGUCCCCACAGCCUAGGGGGCACAGGACUUUGAUUCCCAUCCCGCGUGUUUUUCCCCACUUAGCCUUUCACGACUUUGAGGGCGCCUUUUCUUCCUCCUGAUCCUUUCACGUCGGGGGGUGGAGGGAGGAGCGAACGAUCCCCUCUCCCCGUUCCUGUCCUUUCCCCUUCUUUGAGAAAGUCAUAAACGAAUCCUACCAUUCCCUUUGGCCAUCUGGAAGUAGCUCCCCAAAUCAUCCCAUAAACUGAUUAUGAAACAGACGUUGUUAAUUCGGAGUCAAAUUUACCACCUGGGUAUCUCUCUUUCAACCCUUCUUUCUCCCCCCCUUCUCUUCCCUCCCAUCCUGUCUCUCCCCUCUACCCCCUCCCCCGCCCUCUUUCGCCGCCGCUCCCCCUUCCUUCCAACGCACACAACUCUGUGCAUCUUUCCCUUCUCAUGGAAUUAAUUCUUGCUCCACUUGUUGCGCCUCACAGGACGACGGAGAGAGGCUGCUGCUGGUGGUGGAUUAUUGAGUCAAUUGCCAAGGAGAGCGAAGAAGUCGAUUGGGAUAUUAGUCCAAGGUGCUUUGGGGACGACUGGCACUGCGAUGCCUUCGAAGUGCUUCCUAGUGGCCUUGGCCAUUUUUUCCUCUUUCAGCCAGGUUGUAAUAGAAGCCAGUUCUUGGUGGUCAUUAGGGAUGAAUAACCCUGUUCAGAUGUCAGAAGUAUAUAUAAUAGGAGCACAGCCACUAUGUAGCCAAUUGGCAGGGCUUUCUCAAGGACAGAAGAAACUCUGCCAUUUGUAUCAGGACCAUAUGCAAUACAUUGGCGAAGGAGCAAAGACCGGCAUUAAAGAAUGCCAAUAUCAAUUUAGACACAGAAGAUGGAAUUGCAGCACUGUGGACAACACCUCCGUUUUUGGCAGAGUCAUGCAGAUAGGCAGCAGGGAGACGGCCUUUACCUAUGCAGUCAGUGCUGCUGGGGUAGUUAAUGCCAUGAGCCGGGCCUGCCGUGAGGGGGAGCUCUCUACCUGCGGCUGCAGCCGAGCUGCCAGACCGAAGGACUUACCCCGGGACUGGCUUUGGGGUGGUUGUGGGGAUAACAUUGAUUAUGGUUACCGCUUUGCCAAGGAGUUUGUGGAUGCCCGGGAAAGAGAGAGGAUUCAUUCAAAAGGAUCCUAUGAAAGUGCUAGGACUCUGAUGAAUCUGCAUAACAAUGAAGCUGGGAGAAGAACAGUGUAUAACUUAGCUGAUGUGGCCUGCAAGUGCCAUGGAGUGUCUGGCUCUUGCAGUCUGAAGACUUGCUGGCUGCAGUUGGCAGACUUCCGGAAAGUGGGAGACGCAUUGAAGGAGAAGUAUGAUAGUGCAGCUGCCAUGAAACUCAACAGUCGGGGCAAGCUCGUGCAAGUGAAUAGCCGUUUCAACACACCAACCACUCAAGACCUGGUCUAUAUCGACCCCAGCCCCGAUUACUGUGUCCGAAAUGAGAGCACCGGCUCUUUGGGCACACAAGGUCGGCUCUGCAAUAAAACAUCGGAGGGCAUGGAUGGCUGUGAACUCAUGUGCUGUGGCAGGGGGUACGACCAGUUCAAGACGGUGCAGACAGAACGCUGCCACUGCAAGUUUCACUGGUGCUGUUACGUAAAAUGCAAGAAGUGUACAGAAAUAGUGGACCAGUUUGUGUGUAAAUAAUGGGGCUGCUGCCUCCAGCAGGGGGUACCCUCCUCUUCCCUGGACUAUCUCCACUUUAUUUAUAGAGAGUUCAAUGAGGUUUUUUUUUUAUUUUGUUUUGUUUUUUGGGUUUUUUUUUUUAGGUUGCAAAGACAAGCACCUGGAACCAUUUCUGCUCCCAUCCAAGGACUGUGUGGUUUAUUAUUAUUAUUAAUAUUUUGGCAAUAGUGGGGGAACCAGUAAUAUUUAUUUUAAGAAAAAAUUAAAAAGACUUUUGAUAGCAUAGAAUGAGGGGGAAAAACAUAUUCUAACGUAGCUACGUGGGGCAUAGUAUAUGUCUAGAAAUAAAAGAACCAUUUUACCUUUAUUUACUGGCGGUCUGAAAAAUGACCAGCAUGAUCCAGAUGGGACAGAGUAACACAAAUCUACAUGCGACCUAACACCAAUUGUGAUUGUUACAGAUUAAUCUGAGCAAUCCAAUGAUGAAGUUUUGUGAAAUAAGUGAUUCCUCUAUCCAUUGAGAUUAUGAAAGCUUUCAAUUAUCAAAGGUUAAGAACAUCUUUUAAAUAAAUAGCGAAAAGCCAGAAUCACUAAGGGUUGGAAGGUACAAUAAGAUUUGUAUUUGUUUCACCAUUCUAAAAAAGCUUCAAUACUGAGCAACACAGGCCAAAUAGCUAGUGAAACCUAAAGAGAAAAAAUAAUUUAGCUUUUAAUCAUAGUUUGACUCCUUCAUGUUAAUCUAGCUCUCAGUAUGAAAGAGGAAGCCCCAAAUAAAUAGAUCUAAUUUCCUAGAUAGCAUCCUGUCUGGUUUUUUAAGAGAAACUAAACAUUUAUCAAUGCCUAGUUAAUAAAUGCUAACUACACAGUUAUAAUAGUGAACUUUUUUCACAGUACUGUAACCCAAAUAAAUAGAAGUGAUUACACUGCAGUUGAAAACUGCACCAAACCAGAGCCAUUUAAGGAAAUAGUUUCCCCAAUUUGACCCCUCCUACCCUUCUCUUAUUCUGUGGGUGGUGUGAUAGCUGGCCACGUUUCAAACAAACAGCUUGACAAUAUUCCCUGUUAUUUUAUGAGAGGAAAUGAAUCAUUAGGCAUCCACUCUGAGAACAGUUUAUGGUGGAUUUUUGUGAAAGUUUUUAUUUUGAGGAGACGAUAUUUAAUGACGUUAAGUGAAUAAUGUAGUUCAACGAAAUGUUACAACAAUACAAGUUAUGAUCCUGUGUUUAAACUAUACACUCAAUGCUUUACGUAAUAUCCUGCAGGUAUACACUAAAACUGUUCAGAUAGUACUGAAUCAGUUUCAUAUAUAUGGACAAAAUUGUGGUCUGGAGCCUAUCUCAAAGUCUUUUGUACAUAAUAUAUAUACAUAUAUAUUAUAUAUAUAUAUAUAUAAAUAUAUCUCAAUACAGUCAGUUUACUACAGGACUUUUUCUCGGUUUAGAGUGAAAUAUGCCCCUCUUAUUACACACCAAUUCCAAUUGUUAGGUUUGAGAUUUUUCAAGAUUUGGUUGUAGAUUUGUUGGUGUUAUAUUGUAUUAAGCACAAAUAGGUAACUUUUCUUUAAGGGCUUUUGAAUUACAGACAAGGUACAAUUCACUUGAAUUCAUGUUGGUUUGUAGACUUCCCUUUAUCUCCUUCGCCUUUUCCUUAUUGCUUCCUGAGAGGGCAUUAAUGAUCGUUGAAAUGGAGAGAAACAUUCAGAACUCACUAGAAUAAUCUGCAAGUCACCUUUUUUGUUUCGUUCUUUAAAUUGGAAAUCCGUUCUUUUUAGUGUCAUUUCCGUUACCCAGCAGUGCCUAUGAAAACACUCCUAGAAUUUUUGUUGUAGACAACUCUGCUAAUGAAAAAAUCCAAAUUUGGCAUUCAGUAUAUUAUGAACAUCUGCACUGUUCUUCCAAUAGUAUGAAAAGACUCCUUGUUUUUCACAGGCAUCUUGAUAAUUUAUCAGCUCUUUACAUUGCUUUAUUGCUCUUAAUUUAUUAUAAAAGGACACAUUUACCCCCUCAUUUGCAGGACUUUGAAAAAAAAAUUUUUUAAAGCACUACUUCAUUUAAAAUGUCACUUUUUUGGUUUUUAUUAUACAAAAACCAUGAAGUCAUUUUUAUUUGCUAAAUCAGAUAUCACUCCUUUUUAGUAACUGAUGUUUGUGAACAGAGCUGAGUUUAACAAUCCUAGUUAUUAAAAAAAAACUAUUUAAUGUAAAAUACUUUACUUAUCAUUCAGAUAUUAUGUAAAUCUUCCAUGUCCUUUACUCUUUUUGUUCUGUACAUCUAAUGUACAUAUUUCUGUCUUGCGUGAUUGUAUAUUUCACUGGUUAGAAAAACAAAAAACAAUAACAUGAAAGGCUUACAGCAUAAUGGAAGAUAGACUUUAAAAUAAAACAUUGGUUGUUUAUUGGUAAGUGGUUUUAACUGUCCUUUAGAUUGUAUGGAGGUUUUUAGAGGAUUAAAGAAAGAUAGUUUAGAUUUAUUACAUGAUCAAAUAAUAGAAAAGUUAAUGCAUUUUACCAAACGUACUGUAUUUUGAAGCUUUAAAAGAUUUAUAUAUGUAACAAACCAAAAAAAACCCAGAACAUGUUGUAACUAUGUGUAUCUCAAAACAUCAAGCAGAUGGUUCAAAGCUGGGAUAGGAUAUUUCACAUUCUUUUACCAUUAUGCAUGUAGCUUAAUUGUUUUACAGCAGUGUUGGUAUUGUAACAGCUCAGAGAGGAACAGAAAAGACAGAUGCUUUUAUCCAUGACCAGAUUUAUAAUAAAAAAAAUGUAUCUCUGUGGUUUCCAUUAAAACUAUAAAGAUCAGCACUUCACUAUUAGACCUCUUGCCAUAGUCCAUGUGCUGGGUAACGAUGCCACUUGAAAGCAAUUUAACAAAAAACAAAUUUAAUCCUCAGAGAAUGAAAACUCAUUGAGAAACUAAGGAUUCAUUGUGCUGGGCACAAUUAAUUUGAGCACAUGCACUUUCCUUAAAUGUAUUCUGAAAUCUAUGCCAUGUUGGAGCGAUUGACAAAUUCAUCUUUUUUUUUUUAAAGGAUAACCUUGAAACAUAGUGAAACCUUUUUGGAUGCCAAGAAUGCAUUAUUCCACAAAAAAACAAAAUAAAACAAAAAAACAGUAGACCAACAUAUAGAGUGUUUAAAAUAGCGUUUCUGGGCAAAUGCAAACUCUUGUGGUCCUAUUACUCACAUCUGUUUCAGUUUUUCCUCAGUUGUAUAUUGACCAGUGUUCUUUAUUGCAAAAACAUAUACUCUAUUUAGGAAAGUCAGCAUUUUUUCCAUACUGGAGUGUGUUCAAAAUCUUUCCAAUACAGGAAAAUUAACAAAAAUUUAUAUAUUGGCAGACACAAACAGAGCCAUGUUCAAAAUAGUCAUUAUGGGCUCAAAUAAAAGGAAGACUGUUUUAAGUUCCAGUGAAGUUUAUCUGUUCAAUUCUUUAAGCUGCUGUUAUCCCCAGGCUGGAACUGUAUAUAUUCUGGAAGCAUAUCCAAACCUCUGUUUUAUGUGGUGUUGCCAAUACCAAUUUUCAAUCUGUUUUUGCAAAACAUUAUUCAAGUCACUGGUAUUAUCAAGUAUUAAGAACAGUGAAGACUCUUGAAGGAGUGGACUCCAGGCAAGAGACUGUGUUACAAGGAAAUGAAUGCUUUGGUGGCUGAGUACAAAUUAUCGUCAGAGAAAAAUAAUCCCUAAAGAGCGGGAGGUACAUAGUUCCAAAAUUAUAUUAGAUAUAACUUGAAGCAUAUAUAUGUAAUACCAAUAAGCACCAAAGUACAAAUGUCUAAAAGAACACAUUUAAACUGAAUAUAUGUUUUUAAAUAUUUAUUAAAAAGUUUAUUCUAGUAUCACUUGCCUGGAUGGAAUAGUGAAAACCAGAUGAAGUCUUUUGAAAAGCAAGACAAUAAAAUGUGAUACAUUAUUUUAAUUCUGAACUUUCUUCACAAACUUUAUCAGUUUUAAUUUGCUAGAAUGAUCAUUCAGUUUACACAUGCUCAUACAUGUUCUAAAAUCAAAUCCGUCAAUUGGGAAUGCCUUGAGAACAUGUUGUUCUGAUAAGCUAUUGAACAUGAAAUUUUGAUGUGGAGCAAUUGAUCGACUGAUACAAUUUUUAAAAUUGCAUCAGUUGGAAUCUAGAAGAGUGAACCAAAAUGCUGUCUUGCUAUUUCAACUACAGAAAUGAAAAGAGAAAAAAAUAACAUCUUAGAUCAUUUUAAAUGCAGUGUACAAUUUGCUGAGAUAGAAAUGGGAUAAAGAUUAUUUAUUUUUGUUCAUAACAUGUACCUUUUCUAUUAAAAUCAUUUUACAAAAUACAGUGUAGUUGUGUGUGUGUGUUUAGCAGAAAUAGGGCUUAUAUUUCAAAUGCCUAGUUUUCAAAGAGUCAGGAGGGAGAUUACAAUUUGUGACAAAAAAAUCAGACAUUGCAAGCAUUUAGAUCAUUUAUGCAGUCUAUUCCUAGUGAUAUUUUAUUUGUAUAUGGAUUUUUUUCCUAUUGCUAAUUUUUUCAUUUCUAUAUAUUCCCAUUUUUUGCCACUGCUAUUACUUGUAAACUCUGUACAAACAGAUGACUAUUAAAAUAAUGCAUUUAGCAUGGUGAUACAGGAUUACCAUACGUUAUCCUGGAAGAGUAGGAAAAUAAAAUGAUUUGACAAGAUGAAUAAA